AUGACAUCCUAUGAGUUACACGCAAGCUCUUCUCGGGCAGAACAGUUCGAGGAAAACCCUGGCUCUAAGGCCGAUAUUGACCUCGUCGAGAGAGCUGGCGCUGGUCAAGCCGCCACUUACGAAGAGUCUGUGGCAGCGCGUCUUCCAAAAGCCCAUCGGGAUUAUCUGCUCCAACGCCAUGGCACAUUGGAACUUGACCCGAUCCCUAGCAUGGGUGCAGCCGAUCCGUACAAUUGGCCCGAAUGGAAGAAAAUGGCAAACCUCAUCCUUGUAGCUUUCCACGCUUGCAUGGGUACAUUUACCGCCGCCGCCAUUAUUCCGGCUUAUUCCAUCAUUGCCGAAGACCUGGGGAUUUCUAUCACCACCGCGGCUUACUUGACCUCUCUGCAGAUUGCAAUUUUGGGAGGUGCUCCCUUCUUCUGGAAACCCCUUUCCAAUCGCUUUGGACGCCGACCGAUUUUCCUUCUGUCCCUUAUUUGCAGUCUAGUGUGUAACGUCGGUUGUGCCAAGAGCAACAGCUAUGCAUCGCUCGCCGCCUGCCGGGCCCUGGUGGCCUUUUUCAUCUCGCCAGCCUCGGCCAUUGGCAGUGCGGUGGUCAUGGAAACGACAUUCAAGAAGGAUCGAGCCCGCUAUAUGGGUAUCUGGACACUCAUGGUAACACUGGGUGUACCAAUUGGACCACUCAUCUUCGGAUUUGUCACCUACCGUGCUGGUUAUGGGUGGGUUUACUGGAUCCUAGCUAUGAUCAACGGUGGUCAGUUCAUUCUGUAUCUUUUCUUCGGACCAGAGACCCGUUACCUGGGCGGCGGUGUCGACUCAACUGAGUCAAACUUCAAGCGCGAGUAUAUCUCGCUCCGCCGGAUUGAUCCGACACCCAUGACAUGGUACGAGUUCAUUCGGCCAUUAACCAUGGCUCGUCACCCGUCCAUCCUCAUUCCCGCCUGCGCGUAUGCGAUGAUUUUCCUGUUCGGCAGUAUUUUGGCAACCGUUGAGGUGCCACAACUGUUGCAAAGCAAGUUCGAUUUGAACACUGAGCAGUUGGGUCUCCAGUUCCUUGGUGUCAUUAUUGGAUCCUUGAUUGGCGAGCAGCUGGGUGGUGUCAUGUCCGACCAGUGGAUGAAGCGUGGUGCCCGUGGUCUCGAUCGCAAACCUCAGCCAGAAUACCGGUUAUGGCUUAGCUAUUUUGGCUUUGGUUUGACCAUCAUUGGUGUCAUUGUCUUCCUGGUCUGCACCGAGACUUCCGCCACCGGUCACUGGAGCGUGAGUCCCAUCAUCGGCACGGCCAUUGGUGCUGUUGGUAAUCAGCUUGUCACCACCGUCAUGAUCACAUAUGCCAUCGACUGUUUCCCCCAAGAGGCUGCCAGCAUUGGUGUGUUUAUCACCUUUGUGCGCCAGACUUGGGGUUUCAUCGGACCAUUCUGGUUCCCAUCUAUGUUCGAUAAUGUUGGCGUAGCGCCUGCCGCUGGAAUUGCUUGUGCAAUGAUCGUUGUCGUUAGUGUAAUUCCGACCAUCUUCUUGCACAUCCGUGGAAGGAAAAUGCGUCACGAAGAGUAG